AUGAACAGCGGGGUUCUAGGAACAACCAUGCAACCAACAGCCCACGCGGUUUGCAAAAGUUACUCGCUGCACAGUUGCAAUAGCAGCGGCGGCGGCGGCUCUUUGGGGAUCAAAGUGCAAGCAGGACAGAGCGCGGGCUCCUCUUCGUCCGGGGUGCCCCAACCAUGGGGGGCCGCCACGGGAUGCCCCGGCCAGGUUCAGCCUUCCAACUCGGCCACGCGCUGCAGAGGCUCCAAGCGGCGCUCCAACUCGCCGGAGCUGCUGCGCUGCAAGAGACGCUUAGCAUUCCCGGGCUUGACAGCAGCGCAGCAAGGCGGCGGCGGCGGCGGCGCGGCGGCCGUGGCUCGGCGCAAUGAGCGGGAGCGGAACCGCGUCAAGCUGGUCAACCUGGGCUUCCAGACCUUGCGCCAGCACGUGCCCAACGGCGCCGCCGCCAAGAAGAUGAGCAAAGUGGAGACCCUCCGCUCCGCCGUGGAAUACAUCCGAGCCUUGCAACAGUUGUUGGACGAGCACGACGCCGUCAGCGCCGCCUUCCAGGACGGUCUCCUGCCGGCCGGCCGUGACGCUGCCUCCGCCGCUUGCGUUGGCAGCAGCAGCAGCGUGUAUUCCUCCGCCUCCCCCUCUUUUGACGGCCGCGAGGGCAGUUCUGUGCCGGGUUCCCCGCACUCGGCUUAUUCGUCGGACGAGAGCGGCUACGAGGGGGCGCUCAGCCCGGAGGAACAGGAGCUGCUCGAUUUCACCAGUUGGUUCGGGAGCUGCUGAGCUGGAAAGCAAUACUGAAAGCAACACUGUGUAG